CUCGAAGAAGCCCUGGCGCGCCCUCCCCCCCUCCCCGGUCUGGUAGGGCGAAGGAGCGGGCGUGCGGUCGAUCGAGCGAUCGGUUGGCGGCUCUUUCUCCUGCUCUGGCAUCCAGCUCUUGGGGCGCAGGCCCGGCCGCCGCGGCGCGCGCCCGGUGGCCGUUGGCGCUCGCGCCGCGUCUUUCUUCUCGUACGCAGAACUCGGGCGGCGGCCUAUGCUUUUGCGAUUCGACGAGGAGUCGUCCGGGUGGUCGGCGGCGGCGGGCAGCUGCUCCGCCCCGCUCCCGGGGAGGCGGCGGGGGAGGCUGGGGGGGCCGGGGCCGGCCUGGAGGCCUGGCGCCACCCUUCAGGGCCUGCUAGGACCCAGUUGGAGGGACAGGAGGGGGCCGGAGGAUGGCUGGUGGUGGGCUUUCUCCUUUGCCUUUUCCUACUCAUGCCGCCUUAGUGGGGGCCGGGAGCUCUGGCGGCAGCUCCGGGGUGGGGAUUCGAGCUCCGGAGUCGGAAGAUCUGGGUUUGCUUCCGGGCCUAGCCACCCGCUGGUCGAGUGACCUUAGGCAAGUCACUCUGUAAUUUGUCUGCGCCUCAGUUUCCUCCUCUGCCUAUCAGUGUGUGUAUGGAAUUGAAAGCGCUUUACGGAAGCGUCGGUUUACAUAAAAGGUGAUUAUUGUUUUUGUUUUUCUUUUGAGUUGCUAGAAGACUUAGCAAUUGCUCAUUCCCUGAAGUCAAAUCCGGGAGCCUCUUAUUGGAGAUCGGAGGGCUCCCUGAAUUUGUGUACAGAAACACGUUGGGGGAAUGUAUUCUAGGGCAGUGAGCCGAUCCUUCCUUCCAUAGCAAGUUUUCAAAGGGAGCCAUGACCCAGAACAGUUUUCGCCACCGGGAGGAAACUGAGGCCUACAUGUCAUUUGGGACCCUUCACAACCAAUACGAAGCCCCCGUUUGAGUCCCUGGUAUAUGUGAGCUGCUUCUUAACGCAUAAUGACUUCACUGCUUGGCUUUUAUUCUAAGACCUUUCCUCUCACCGUAGGGUGCCUGAAGGGUGGCUGAUGCGUAUGGUACAAUGACACCCACUCUAAAGCAGCUACGAUAGAAGUGAAUGUGUUCAGUAGAAUCAAGAAGUGUAAUCUUUGGCCCAGUGAUGGUUCUCUGCUGCUCGUCCUGGUGCCUGACUACUUUUCGUUCAUUGACCGUUUUCAAUGACCACGAUUGACACCUAUCAUUUGCUCCUAUUUUGUAUCCCUGGUUUAUGUGGUUGAUAGUGAACAGGCUAAUUUUUAAAUGGUGCUGCCAAACCCAGCUAAUGGUGCACGUGAAUUUAGCAAGCGGGCUCCUUGGAACAGAUUGAACCAGGUGUUGGAUUCCUGAAGAUGUUUGGGGUUUUUUGUUUGGUUUUUUUUUUUUUUUUUUUUUUGGUUUGGUUUGGUUUGGUUGGAUUGGUUUUUAUUAUUAAUUGAAGGUUAACAUUCUCUGAAAAGUUUUGUUGGGCUCUGGCUAAACCACAAAAUCAGUAUAUUUGGAAAUAAUUUGAAGCUUAACUUUUUCCUGGCCAGCCUUGUAUUCUAGUUGCUUGCAAGUGUGAGACUUAAGUGGCCAAAAUGCCAUUUUGUUUGUUCGUUAAUUGUCAGCUGCUUUUAUCAAAUUCCAGGCCAUUAUCCAGCAAACACUAUAAAAAUGUUUGAACAGUUGAAUUUCAAACAUUUUCGUUUUGUGGAGUGGUGCUUCUCAAGUGGUACAGCUCUCUAAGCAAGUGAACACAAACAUAUUUAAGUGUAUUUUGUAUGAUUAGAUGUUACCAAUUCUGAUAUUUUAUUCAAAUGUCUAAAAUAAGUUGACUAUUCCCUUUACCAAAGGGCCAGAGACAAAUGAUUUUCUUUCAAAAGAAAUGACUGUUUUGGAGAAAAAUGUGUUGGUCUUAGCUCUUUUGUAAUUAAUCUGGAUGUACCUCAAAAGACUCUUUAAGACUGUGAUUUUAAAAGGCUUUCGUCUGGAGAAAGGAGAAGAAAAAUCGACUGGAACUUAAAAGCUUGAAGUUCUGUGACAGAACAUGGAUGUCCAGGAUUGGGGGUCACGAAGUGUCUGCAGUGGUUGGAGCAGAUGCAGCUUUUCAGUGGAGCUGCCACCAUGGACUCCAGGUCUCCAGAUUUUCAAGAACUGGACCUGUGGCUGAGAAGAGCUUGUCAAGGUAUGACAGGAACUCUGGAGGUGGUUGUUUUGUAUUCUUCAAUUUUGGAACUGUUGAUGUUGCUGUGAGUAAAGAGGCACCGACUCACCAAGCACUGCCACCAGCACUGUUUCUGGAAACUUGAAGACCCAAGUUUCUGUCCGGACCCUCCAUGCGAACUGACAGCACUCCAUCCAAAGUCAGCUACGUCCUGUGCCUCCUGAUUGCUGAAUGUUCACCUGGACCCUCUGAUGACCUUCCUUCUAUUCCAUCAACCUACAGACCUGGUACCUGGAUUUUUGUCCAUGGUGAUUCCUGCCACCUUACUACUGAAGAAGACACCAUUCCAGUGGACCACUGUGACCCAAGAAGCAUUCAGCCAUCAUGAUGUGGCCUUUACCUCCACUCCUGUCCUACUCUGCCCAGAUUCAGCACAGCCCUUUAUAAUGCAGUCAAGAGUCUUCAAGCCAAAUAACUAAAGCUAUUUUAUCAUAAAAAAGGCCAAGUUUAUUCCAUAAAUGUACAGCUCAUUUCUGCAGUUUAAAGUCUUCAGAGACACUUAGUAAACUUGGACCGGGGGAUUUUGUUUGUUUUGUUUUGUUUUGUUUAAAUCGUCAACACUGAAGAAAGGCAUCAUCUCUGAGAACAGCAUUGGACCAUACUCCACAGUCUAAAAUGAUUAAAGUUUAAUGAGCUGCCUAGGAUCCUGUCAAGGUCACUGGACUCCUGUUAUUUGCCUACUUCAAAUCUAGCUGUCUACUGAAUGAGAAAGCAGAUAUUCUGACCCAUUGGGAUCAAAACCAAGGCACAUUGAUUUCCUCCUAGUAUCAUCUUUGGGUUACUCAGGAACCAAAACUUUUCAUACCGAUUUAAGAAACUCUACUAAGGACUCCCUUUAUCUAACCAUCUCACAAGUCUUCAACCAGAUUCCUGAAAAGGCCUCUUGAUACAUCAAGAUAGAACCUAUAUGGUAAUUUUCUCUGUUUAUAUAGCACUUUACAGGUUCAAAGCACUUUCAUAUACAGUUAGGUAAUUACCAACACAGUCACACCACUUUUUGAAAUGAGAAAACAGGCGUUUAAGAACUUAAGCAAUUAUCCAAGGUGACACAGUAGAAGGUAGUCCUUCUGACUCCCAGUCCAGUAUUAUUCUUGGCAUUACCUUAGCCUUCACUUUAUCCACAGUAUUAAAAUGGCUGGAGACUGAAAAAUGUACACGUUUCCAAUUUAUAUGGUGCCCAAUAGAGCACAGUGUUUGAAGUGCAAUCAUGAUAACUACAUCUAGAUCAGAAUCCCUUGAUGACAUCCCUUAAGUGUAGGAACAAUCAGUCUCCAUGGUGAUUGAUGAUCUGCUUUUUAAAAAAAGAAACAAGGGUAUACAAUACGAAACAAAUAUUUUUUAGAGUUUCUUGUUCAUUUUCAUGUUCUUCCCAAGAGUAGCCGAAAUAAUUUCAAAUCUGUACUUGUUUCUGUUAAUUGCUUUAAGUCUUAUUAAUGUUACUGGACACAGAAAGCUUACCGAUAGUCUUCUGUCCCCAAAUUAAUAGGUAGAAUGAGCCAUUUGCUUUUAUAUGUGUAUAUAAUUUAUAUUUUUUUUUGUUGUCCAGUGGGUGGUAAAAUAGAUAAUAAGCAUUUCCAUACAAAUUUCAGUGUAGUGUUUUAGGGUCUUAAGACAUGCAGCGAAGUUUCAUUUAGCUGUUUUGCCCAAUGUGUUGUACAUCAUUUAAACACAGAUUGCUGUGGGGUUUUUUCCAACAUUCUUUUUAACAGAAUGGAAAUUGUCAGAGCUGUGUAACCAGUGCUUCUUAAUUAUUGGCAGAUUGGUCUAGAGACCCCAUAAUAAAUUCACUGUCUUUAAAACCA